GUCUUAGCUCAGGUUUCAACCCCACUGGCAGCUGCAGCCUAAUCUCUAGCUCCAGCUCGCACGUUUCCACGCGUCCUACUGAGGCUCCCGGAGCCUGGCUCUCUGUUGUCUGCGCUCGUGCCGGGGAUCAUCCAUUGCCCUCUGCACCCUGGAGCGCCGGGCUGCAAGCCUCAACAAACUACUCUGGAUCCUUGUGACCGUGGGCAGUGGCUGCCGCGCCUGUCCCCCUGCGGGAGGACCGUCCUUGCUGCACCUGCGCAGUAACUCUGGCUGCACCUGCGCAGUUACUCUGGCUGCACAGCGGACCCCUCAGGUAACACAGGCGCCCCUGAAACAUGGCAGACGAAGACCUCAUCUUCCGCCUGGAAGGUGUUGACGGUGACGGGUCCUCCCGAGCUGGCCAUGAUGGGGAUUCAGACACAGACACUGACGAGGAUGAAGACUACUUCAUCUGCCCCAUCACUGAUGACCCCACGUCCAACCAGAAUGUCAGCUCCAAGGGCCAGAACUACUACAGCAACCUAAUGAAAACGGAGUGCGGCUCCACAGGGUCACCAGCCAGCUCCUUCCACUUCAAGGAAGCCUGGAAGCACGCGAUUGAGAAGGCCAAGCAUAUGCCUGACCCAUGGGCCGAGUUCCAUCUCGAGGACAUCGCCACAGAACAUGCUACUCGGCACAGGUACAACGCCGUCACCGGGGAAUGGCUGAAAGACGAGGUUCUGAUCAAGAUGGCAUCUCAGCCCUUCGGCCGUGGAGCAAUGAGGGAGUGCUUCAGGACGAAGAAACUCUCCAACUUUUUGCAUGCCCAGCAAUGGAAGGCAGCCUCCAACUAUGUGGCAAAACGCUAUAUUGAAACAGUGGACAGGAGCGUGUACUUUGAGGAUGUCCAGCUCCAGAUGGAGGCUAAGCUCUGGGGGGAGGAGUACAAUCGGCACAAGCCCCCCAAACAGGUAGAUAUCAUGCAGAUGUGCAUCAUUGAGCUAAAGGACAGAGAAGGCCAACCCCUCUUCCACCUGGAGCACUACAUUGAGGGCAAGUACAUCAAGUAUAAUUCCAACUCAGGCUUUGUCCGCGAUGACAACAUCCGACUGACACCACAGGCCUUCAGCCACUUCACAUUUGAGCGUUCUGGUCAUCAGCUGAUUGUGGUGGACAUCCAGGGUGUGGGUGACCUUUACACUGACCCACAGAUCCACACUGAAACAGGCACUGACUUUGGAGAUGGCAACCUCGGUGUCCGGGGAAUGGCUCUCUUCUUCUAUUCUCAUGCCUGUAACCGGAUUUGCAAGAGCAUGGGCCUUGUGCCCUUUGACCUCUCACCUCAGGAGCAGGCCCUGGUGAAUCAGAGCACCAAGCUCUUGCAAUCGGCCAAGACCAUCUUGAGGGGGACAGAGGAAAAGUGUGGGAAUCCCUGCAUAAAGACUCUCUCUGGCAGCCGCCCCCCCUUGCUGUUCCGCCUUUCAGAGAACUCCGGGGAUGAGAACAUGAGUGAUGUGACCUUUGACUCUCUGCCUUCCUCCCCAUCUUCGGCCACACCUCAUAGCCAGAAAUUGGACCAGCUCCAUUGGCCAGUGUUUGGUGACCUCGAUAACAUGGGCCCUAGAGACCAUGACCACAUGGACAAUCACCGGGACUACGAGAACAGUGGGGACAGUGGAUACCCAAGCGAGAAGCGAAGUGACCUGGAUGAUCCUGAGCCCCGAGAACACGAUCACUCCAAUGGCAACCGGAAGCCUGAAUCUGAUGAAGACAGCCUAGGCAGCUAUGGACGGGUCUGUGUGGAGAAGUGGAACCUUCGAAAUCCCUCCCGCCUGCACCUGCCGAGGCCCUCGGCUGUGGCCCUCGAAGUGCAAAGGCUAAAUGAUCUGGACCUUGAAAGGAAAAUCGGGAAGUCUGUUUUGGGGAAGGUCCAUCUGGCCAUGGUAAGAUACCAUGAGGGUGGGCGCUUCUGCCAGAAGGAUGAGGAAUGGGACCGAGAUUCAGCCAUCUUCCAUCUGGAGCACGCAGCUGACCUGGGAGAACUGGAGGCCAUCGUGGGCCUGGGACUCAUGUACUCUCAGCUGCCCCACCACAUCCUGGCUGAUGUCUCUCUGAAGGAGACAGAAGAGAACAAGAUAAAGGGCUUUGAUUACUUACUGAAGGCGGCAGAAGCUGGUGAUAGGCAGUCCAUGAUCCUAGUGGCCCGAGCUUUUGACACUGGCCUAAACCUCAGCCCAGACAGGUGCCAAGACUGGUCAGAGGCCCUACAUUGGUACGACACAGCCCUGAAGACCACUGACUGUGACGAAGGUGGAGAGUAUGAUGGAGUACAGGACCAGCCCCGAUAUGUACUGCUGGCCAGGCAGGCUGAGAUGCUGUUCACUGGAGGAUUUGGGCUGGACAAGAACCCCCAAAGAUCAGGAGACUUGUACACCCAGGCAGCUGAGGCAGCAAUGGAAGCCAUGAAGGGCCGACUAGCCAACCAGUACUAUGAAAAGGCAGAAGAAGCCUGGGCCCAGAUGGAGGAAUAACUCCCCAAUAAGAUCCCUGCCAGCUGGUCUCAAGCAAAAGGACUGGGGGGUGGGGAGGACAGGACUGAUUUCUUUUGGAAAUGGGGGGGAGAAGUAGUUUUGCUAUGCUAUAAAUUCACUUUUGUAUUACAUUAUUUUUGACUCUUGAAAAAGUCUUUGCAACAGGCAGAGACACUAUAACUGCCCUUAAGGGGUGGUAUUUGGGGGGAGUGGGGGUUGAAUAUGCAGCCCAAUGAAUUACCAUAUAUUUUUGAGGCUCCAUUCUUCUUUUUUCUUUCUUUUAUUAUUUUUUGUCACAAGAUGUAAGAAAGUGUCUUUCUGUCUGAAUGAACAGACAGUAUCAGGGCUGAGCAUAUUAGCCUUCGUAGUCUGGACUCAUCUCAGGGUCUCCAGGCCCUGCGUUAGGAAUCUGAAUGGAAUGGAGAAUGGAGAGCUUUCUGUUAACUUUCCAUGGGUCUUUCUUUAAGUGUGUGUGACAUUUUUUUUUUCCCCAGCAGAUGUGAGAUCGUUCAAUACCAGGCUCCUUCAUACCACAGGGAGAUUAUUGUAUAAGUUUUUUCAUUUAAUCUCCUCCCACUGCACACCUGAUUUCUUGACAUCCAGCCAAAUUCCAUUUUUAGAGCAUACUUCCUAACUCCCCAAUAAGUACACUUUACAAGAUAGGUUUGGUUUUUGUACGCACACAUUUACUACCUCUGAGUCCUGCAUUGGUGGAUGUGGAAGCAGAUGUACCUCAAAGCUUUUACAGUAAGGCCAUGACUUGGGAGCUGGGUGACUUUCCUCCAAGUGGAAGUGCCUCUGCGCCUCCAUGGCCACAUCCACAAUGAGACUGAAGCAUCCCUGUGCAGAAUUCCACCGUCGUUCCUUGAUGUGGUGACAUUUUAUAAACUCUGCCCUCAGCUUGCUGUCCUUGGUGUUUUCUGCUUGAAACUGGAUUUUUUUGGUUAUCUGAAGCAAGUGGCUUUUGGCUAUAGCCCCUUAGGAUUUGUCUAAGAUGUUUGUGAAUGAGGGCAAGAAUGUAAACACUGGUUGGCUCUGGGCAUCUCCCCAGGACCAAGCUGGGACUUAAUGAGCAUUUUCUUUAAAAACAAUUCAGAUUAAA